ACCAUUGAGCAGAGCAUGAACACUUCAUAAAUAUUUAAUAACAAUAUUAUUAUUAAUACAUUUUCAUAAUAAUGGGCCGAUAUGUGCUCCCUGGGCAUUCUCAUCUGGCAAGGCCAAGGGUGCCUUGCAAUCUUCACUUUAGCGUUGGGAUCUCUCACGCAGCUGUGAUUGGAAGCCUAAAACCUGCACAAAACAGCCUCUACUGAGGGGCAAGGGUAAAUCAAAGACUGUCAGGAAGCCUUCCUGGGCAAAUGAAAAAAAGCUCUUUGCAGAGAUUUUAUCUUUAUCUGCUCAUGUGCUCUGAGUCUCUGUUCUGAAAGUAGAAGGCUGGUCUUCAAUUGUUCAUAGACGUUUAUCUCUCCUCCCCUUUCUUGGGAGUCUAAGGCAGCCAACAUUGACAAGCAUAUCAGCGGUAGAACUUUAUUUGUUCACUUGUCCGAAAAAAAAUACCCACUCUGUGCCACACACUCUGAGCAAUACAGAUAGAACUUCCUCUGUCUUGGAGUUUCCAUUCCAGUUUGGAGGGACAGGCAGAUCAUAAACAUGAAAACAAACAAGAUAAUAUCAUGUGGGGGUGUGCGUUUGUGUGUGUGUGAUAGGCUAUUUCUUCUCUUCUUGAAAGUACUCCCUGGCAAUUAAGAAAAAGUGAGUCAGAAGAAAUUUGCUUCCCUGAGGGUUCUCUGCAUUAUGAAGGAACGUGGGCUAAGAUAAUAUCCCCCUCCCCAAGAUUUACUCACUAUAAAGUCAUAAUAGUAAUCUUUUACAUUUUUUAUAACACUUUACAAUUAAAAGCAUUUUUAUAUGCAUGCUUUACUUCAAUUAAAAAUAAUAACAGUAACAUAACAAACGAUUAUACAAUGCUUGCUGUGUGCCAGGCCCCGUCCUAAGUGACUUACAUAAAUGUUAUCGAUUUAAUCCUCACAGUAACCCAUGAGGUGUGUGCUAUAAUUUAGCCCCAUUUUAUAGUUAAGGAAACUGAGGCUUAGAGGGGUUACCUGAGGCAGAAGCAGUACUCAACUUGGGUCUUCUGCCUUUAUGGCCCAAGCUCUUUCUGUGUCAAAAUGAAGAUCAGAAAGUCCACAAGAGGGAGUGAGACCUGGGAGAAACUGGCCAAGGGAGACAAGGUUUGGGAUUGAGGAGCUGGACAGGCAUAUUAGGAAGGAGUAAGUGUGGUCAGGGUUCUUCAGAACUCAAUCUUACUUCUUUAAAAUCAUUCUUUAAGUCACCCUAGUAUUGGGAAUGGGGGCAAAAAAAAAUUGAAAUAGGAUAUGUGUUUUGAGGAGAAGAUAGGAAAUAUGAGAAAACUAAGUAAUCCGAUUUCUUACUUUGUAUUUUCAGCUAAUAUUCAUAACCUCCUGUUACGUACUAGGUAUUAUAACCUCUUGUUAUGAUAAUAAGUGGACCUACAUUCUUGGAGCUUACAGUCUAGUGGGGGAAGACACCUACUUUUUAUUUUUUACAUUUCAUAUGCUCCCUCCUAUCAUCCUGCCCAGAAUUAAUCAAGUUUGGGCAUAAGAGAAAGGGAGCAGGAGGAGAAACUAAACCUAAAUUUGUCCUUAUUAAACAAGUCUUCACUCACAUGCCUAAGAUUAUAAAUGGUAGGUUUGAAAGGGAAAAUAAAGUUAUUCACUGCUUUUCAAUUUUUUUCCCUUUCCCUCCCUCUGGCCCAUGUGUGUGCCUAGCUGGUCUACCAACCACAUAGCAAGCCAUUAUUUCUGCCCGUGGAUCCAGGGUCUGAAGGGGAGGAUCUGGAGCAGAACUGAAAGCUUCCACUUCCCAAUGUGUCCUGAUCCUUGGGGGCCAGAACAGUCCCCAUCCGCCUUCCUCCCAUUUACAGAGAGAAGGCUUGGUGUGGUGUCAGAAGGCUAGGAGUCUGGGGCAGGUAGACACACUUUGAAAUUUGAAUCAGCCACUGACUCUACUAUGAUCCUGGUCAAGUCACCUGACCUCUCCCAACUUCCAUUUCCCUAUAGAUAAAAAAUAGAGAUCAUAAUAAGAGCAUUUUACUUACAUGACCUCAUAUUAUUAUAACAACCCCAUAAUGCUUGCCCAUUUAAUCAUCAUUUUAAAGAUAAGGAAAUUAUGCUUCAGAAAGAUUAAAGCAGUUGCCCAAGACCACAAAGCUAUUUAAUGGCCUAGCUGGGGCUUGAAUCUAGGUUUCCUCCAAAGCCUAUACCCUUAUCUCUCUUUGAUCCUCAACUUUUUUAUCUAUAAAAAUGGUGAUAAUAAUAGCUAAUUGCUCUUAGUGUUCUGUACAGUAAUUCUAAGGUAAGCUCUCUUAUUAUUUAUCCCCAAGAAAUCAGAAAAGUAACCUGCCCACAUGUGGACAGUCACACAACUGGUCAAGCUUUAGUAUGUGUUUGCUCCAUGCUCUCUUGAAGUUGGUGUCAGAAUUGAAUAUCUUACAAAAUUUAUCGCAACACUAUUCCCAUUUCAAGUAUGGCAACUGAAGCAUACAUAGAGAGGUUAGGUCGUCUCCUAGGGCUUCACAGCUAAGAAAUGCUGAAACUGAGAGACGAACCUAAGUUCUUAAGUGCUACACUAAAUUGAAAUGAGAUAAUGUAUGUAAAUUUUUAUAAUAACUGCCGUUUUCUGAACACUUAUUAUAUGCCAGACAUCAAUCUAAAUUUUUUAAAUGCAUUAAUUUAUUCAAUUCUCACAAUAGCCCUAUGAAGUAGGUGCCAUUACUCUCAUUUUUAUUGAUGAGGAAACUGAGGUACAGAGGUUACAUUGUAUGUCCUGAGUCCCACAACUAGUAAAUGUUAGAGCUGAGAAUAUGAAAGAAAGCUGUCUCCAGAAGGUGCUUACUGUAAUACCGUGUGUAAAGGGCCUGGGUCCCAAUAAACCAUCAGUGAUUAUUAUUCUUCAACAGGUGGGAAGGCAAAUCUGUGUCCUGGGGCCAGAAAUGGAGAAGGGUGGGAGGAUAUGCAGACAAGCCAUCAAGCAAUGACAACUUGAACGAGGUAGCAGCCCGCCUGGAGUCUGAUGAUUUAAGAACAGGGCAGUCCUUGUGGGCCUACUUGAGUGACAGCUCUGCAGGAGGCAGGAUGUGCUAGGUGUGGGUUGACCCCAACCCCACCCUGACAAGUGACCAUGGAUCCAGGAGCUGGCCCAGAGUCAUCUCUGACUGUCAAUGAGCAGCAAAUUCUCUGGAAUCAAGGAGCUGCAGCUUGCCCCAAGCUCUGGAAUUCUCACAGAGCACACAGUCGCUGGGACAGGAGGUCUUCAUCCUGAGGUCAUCGUGAUGUCAGGCCAUGAGACCAUCCGUGUGCUGGAAGUUGGGGUGGAUGCCCACAUCCCUGCUGAGGAGGAGGGCAAAGGACUGGAGGGUGUGGCCAGCGAUGGCUCCCAGAGCAGAGGUCCGGCUGAAGCCAAUGUACCUGCUGACGAAGCUGGGCCAGACAACCCAGACUCCUCUGCAGAGGCAACUGUGAAGCCACUCCCAGGAAUCCCUUUGAGCCCUGCCCCGGCUGUCACCACCUUCAGCCAAGCCCCAAGCCAGCCUCAGACUUCUCAGACCCUGACAUCACUGGCUGUACAAGCUGCCCCCCAGGUCUUGACUCAGGAAAACUUAGCCACAGUUCUGACAGGAGUUAUGGUUCCAGCAGGGGCAGUUACUCAACCUCUUCUUAUCCCCAUCAGUAUUGCAGGUCAAGUGGCUGGUCAGCAGGGGCUGGCCGUGUGGACAAUUCCUACAGCAACCGUGGCUGCCCUCCCAGGACUGACCGCUACUUCUCCUACGGGGGGAAUUUUCAAGCCACCUUUAGCCAGUCUCCAAGCAGCUGCUGUGCUGAAUACCGCCCUUCCGGCACCCGUACAAGCUGCCCCACCGGUACAGGCCUCCUCGCCCGCCCAGCCCCGGCCACCAGCUCAGCCCCAGACGCUGUUCCAGACCCCUCCGCUGCUGCAGACCACGCCUGCCAUUCUACCGCAGCCCACUGCUGCCACCGCUACUGCCCCCACCCCCAAGCCAGUGGAUACCCCCCCACAGAUCACCGUCCAUCCUGCAGGCUUCGCAUUUAGCCCGGGAAUCAUCAGUGCUGCUUCCAUUGGGGGGCAGACUCAGAUCCUGGGCUCCCUCACCACCACUCCAGUCAUUGCCAACGCCAUUCCCAGCAUGCCAGGGAUCAGCAGUCAGAUCCUCACCAACGCUCAGGGGCAGGUUAUUGGAACACUUCCGUGGGUAGUGAACUCAGCUAGCGUGGCAGCCCCAGCACCAGCGCAAAGCCUGCAGGUCCAGGCUGUGACCCCCCAGCUGCUGUUGAACGCCCAGGGCCAGGUGAUCGCGACCCUAGCCAGCAGCCCCCUGCCUCCACCUGUGGCUGUCCGGAAGCCCAGCACACCUGAGUCCCCUGCUAAGAGUGAGAUGCAACCCAUCCAGCCCACGCCAGCCGUGCCCCAGCCUGCUGUGGUCAUCGCCAGCCCAGCCCCAGCGGCCAAGCCAUCUGCCUCUGCUCCCAUCCCAAUUACCUGCUCAGAGACGCCCACUGUCAGCCAGUUGGUGUCCAAGCCACAUACUCCAAGUCUGGAUGAAGACGGGAUCAACUUAGAAGAGAUCCGGGAGUUUGCCAAGAACUUUAAGAUCCGCCGGCUAUCUCUGGGCCUCACUCAGACCCAGGUGGGUCAGGCUCUGACAGCGACAGAAGGCCCAGCGUACAGCCAGUCAGCCAUCUGCCGGUUCGAGAAGCUGGACAUCACGCCCAAGAGUGCCCAGAAGCUAAAGCCGGUGCUGGAGAAGUGGCUGAAUGAAGCCGAACUCCGGAACCAGGAAGGCCAGCAGAACCUGAUGGAGUUUGUGGGAGGUGAGCCCUCCAAGAAACGCAAACGCCGCACCUCCUUCACCCCCCAGGCCAUAGAGUCUCUCAAUGCCUACUUUGAGAAGAACCCACUGCCCACCGGACAGGAAAUCACUGAGAUUGCUAAGGAGCUCAACUAUGACCGGGAGGUCGUGCGGGUCUGGUUCUGCAAUCGGCGCCAGACGCUCAAGAACACCAGCAAGCUGAACGUCUUUCAGAUCCCUUAGGGCUCAGCCCCCAGCCCUGUGUUCCAGCACUUUGUAUUUGUCCCUUGGCAACCAGCUGCAGCCACGGCUGUGACAGCACCUGUCAAUCUGCCACGUGUAGCUGUGCUUGUCCUGGGUCUUGAGACUCCACCGUGUGCAUGUGUGUCAGCUGCCUUCCGUCUGUCCCCCACAUAUUGCACAUCGUGGGGAGGGCAGAGGGGCUCACUGAGAGUGUUAGGCUCGGAGGUGAUCAUGCCAAGGGAGGGGAUUUGGCGUGUCACUUAAAGAAGCACUUUGGUAACUUGGUUUUUGAAGGGUGAAUGCUGGUGGGGAACCAGAAACUCCCCACGUUGGGGGCAGGGCUGCAGCAGCCCCUAAGAACUGACCAUUAGCUCUUGUUUCAGUGGCGUUCUUUUUCCACCCUCUCUUUUCCUUUGCUCCUCUGUGUGAGCGUCACAGGUACAGCAGCUUGUCCAGGAGAACCACAGCCUCAACCCCCAUUGCCCGCAGGCACACUGUCCCCUGAAAGGACCCAAGAGACACAGUUCUGAAAGGUGUGAUGUGCUGCUCAGAAGGCCAGACUCAGUGUCUGCCUUGACCUCAAGUCAGAAGGUUCCACAGUCCUGGGGCCAGAACAUGUCAUCUCUUCUCCCGCCUCUCUCUGGUUCCUUUGGGGGAAAAUUGCACUGAAGCAGAACCUUUUCUUUUGUAAUCCAUUUGGAAGGAAAUAGCAGUGAAUUCUAGUUAUCUUGGGGUUGACCUGGGUCUGUGGCAGGUUAGGAACAUAGUAAAUAAGGUCAUCCUCCCAGAUUUUAAUCUAAUCUCUGUUAAUGACCAUCUCUGCCCCUCCCCCGCUUCAAAACCAAACAAACAGUGUAGGUUAAGGAACUUGCAGCCUGGAAAAUCUCACUGCCCACGUAAGCAGGUACUUUGGAGAAAAAUGAGGAAAGGAAUGCUGACUCUUUUUCUCGUCCUUGCACUCUCCUCAACCUAGGACUGGGCCUUUUCAGAAGGGGCAAAUUAAACAAUAAAUCAGAUAGCAAGGUCCUGGGGGAACGGCCAACAUCUGGAAAGAGCUGAUGGCAGCCCAGGAAGGUCUCUUGGAGAAGCUGACUUGACUCUAUUUUUCUUUGUAACUUUAAGCCUUGGAUACUGAAAGAGAAAUCUUAUUUCGUCCAGA